UUCAUGUCCUUAAGGACCAUAACAUCUCUCUCUCUCCAUAGCAACAAAAACAAAGAAGACAGAGAGAGAAAGAAACUAUGGCUCACAUAAAUAUAUAACAGAGACAGUAGUCCCACUUCCCCCACCACAACCCAUCUUCGAUCAUCAUCAAUGGAUCCGGAUCAUAACGAGAAUCAUCAUCAUCAUCAUCACAGACCAAACUUCCCUCUCCAGCUUCUUGAUUCUUCUUCCUCCUCUUCCACUUCCUUAGCCAUCAUCCCAUCAGCUUCUUCCUCCGAACCUAACUCCGACCCUAACGCUCUCUCCAAGAAACCACCUCCCAAGCGAACCUCAACAAAGGACAGACACACCAAAGUCGAAGGCCGAGGCCGUAGGAUCCGCAUGCCUGCCAUGUGCGCCGCACGUGUCUUUCAGCUCACACGUGAGCUAGGUCAUAAAUCCGACGGUGAAACCAUCGAGUGGCUUCUACAGCAAGCUGAACCGGCGGUUAUAGCCGCUACGGGGACUGGAACCAUACCGGCUAACUUCACUUCUCUUAAUAUCUCACUUCGUAGCUCAAGAUCUUCCCGCUCCGCUGCUCAUCUUCGUACAACUCCGAGCAGCUAUUACUUUCAUUCGCCUACGAUGGCUCAGCAUCAUCAGCAUCAGGUGCGUCCCAAGAACGAGUCACAUUCUUCUUCUUCUUCUCAACAGCUCUUAGAUCAAAGCCAAAUGGGAAACUAUUUAGUUCAAUCAACGGCUGGAUCUUUACCUACGAGUCAAACUCCUGCCACGGCGCCGUUUUGGAGCAGUGGUGAUAAUAAUACGCAGAACCUAUGGGCUUUUAAUAUCAACCCUCAUCAUUCCGCUGACGUUUACAACACGAAUAGUGGUGGUGGUAGCGGAGGAGGAGGAGGAGGAGCAGGAGUACAUCUCAUGAACUUUGCAGCUCCUAUUGCUUUGUUUUCCGGACAGCCUUUGGCGUCUGGUUACGGAGGUGGAGGUGGAGAACAUAGCCAUUAUGGAGUUUUAGCGGCGUUGAAUGGUGCAUACCGGCCGGUUCAGGAGACGGCGAACCAGCAAAACCGAGAGGGAGAUCAUCAUCACAGCCAUCAAGAAGAUGGAAGCACAAGUCAUCAUUCCUAG